GGACGGCGGCUCCCGGCUGGCGGCGGCGCGUUCCCGGGUUGUGAAUGCGACUCGCCCCUCCGCGGCGCUAUCCGCCCGCCGGGACGUGGUAGGGGCUGCCCAGUUCCAAGGCGAUGGCAGUUGGCGCGCUCUCCAGUUCCCUCCUGGUCACCUGCUGCCUGAUGGUGGCUCUGUGCAGUCCGAGCAUCCCUGUGGAAAAGCUGGCCCAGGCGCCUGAGCAGCCGGGUCAAGAGAAGCGAGAGCACACGUCUCGGGACAGCCCGGGGCGAGUGAACGAGCUCGGGCGCCCAGCGAAGGAGGAGGGCAGCAGUAGCCGGGACUGGAAGAGCAAGGGCGGCCGCGGGCUCGCCGGCAGGGAGGCGUGGAGCAAGCAGAAGCAGGCCUGGGCCACCCAGGGCGGGCGCGCCAAGGCGGGGGACCUGCAGGUCCAGUCCCGCGGGGACACUCCGCAGGUGGAGCCCCCAGUCUCCGCAGCUGCCGUCGCUCAGGACGCGGCGGGCCCGGAACUCGCACCUACGCCUGAGCCACCCGAGGAAUACGCGUACCCGGAUUACCGCGGCAAGGGCUGCGUGGACGAAAGCGGCUUCGUGUACGCGAUCGGGGAGAAGUUCGCUCCCGGGCCCUCGGCCUGCCCAUGCUUGUGCACCGAGGAGGGGCCCUUGUGCGCGCAGCCCGAAUGUCCACGGCUGCACCCUCGUUGCAUCCACGUCGACACAAGCCAGUGCUGCCCGCAGUGUAAGGAGAGGAAGAACUACUGUGAGUUCCGGGGCAAGACCUACCAGACUCUGGAGGAGUUCGUGGUGUCUCCCUGCGAGCGGUGCCGCUGUGAAGCCAGUGGAGAAGUACUGUGCACAGUGUCUGCGUGUCCUCAGACAGAGUGUGUGGACCCCGUGUAUGAACCUAACCAGUGUUGUCCCAUCUGCAAAAACGGUCCUAACUGCUUUGCAGAAACUGCUGUUAUCCCAGCUGGAAGGGAAGUGAAGACCGAUGACUGCACGAUUUGUCACUGCACUUAUGAAGAGGGCACGUGGCGGAUUGAAAGGCAAGCCAUGUGCACAAGACACGAAUGCAAGCAAAUGUAGACUAUUUACAACAUAAAAACUGAAGUUUUUCUAGGAUAUUUUACUGAAGUGAACAUUCUUGAUGACCCCGGCAAAUAAAAAAUCAAAAGGAGACUUUUGAUGAGGAAUGACGAAAAAUUGUUGAUACUUUUGCUUCUCUUGGUAAUAACUACUGCAAGAAAUGCAAGGAAUAUAUUUCCAAACAUCAACAAGAACUUUGGGCAUAAAACCCCUCUUUACAUAAAUGUGCUAUUUUCACAGUAAGUACAAUAAAGUACACUAUUAUAUAUUAAAUGUAUUUCUAUAAUCCCUCCAUUAGAGAGCUUAUAUAAAUGUUUUCUAUAGAUACAGAUUAAAAAUGCUGUGUUGUCAACUGU